GGCAUGACACCGAAAAAGGCUUUAGAGUGUUACGGUACAAAGUUUCUCACAACAGCUCACACCUGCAGAAAGUUGUGUCUGCCAAUGAAGGAUAUCAUGCAUGGUGAUGACAUUCAUUGGUAUUUAGUAGUCAUCUUGAUGGAUGACAAGCAAGUUCAUAUCUUGGAUUCAUAUCCUUCUAAUGAGCGCCAAACACCUCGCAAAGAUGCAGUACAAACUAUGAUUGGAUUUCUCGAUGCCUUGUUCGAGGAUCUUUAUUUACAA